AUGGUUAAUAGACGCAAUGUUCGUCCUGCCUUUCGAAGUGAGCGCUUCACCAAAGAACAAUUAGAGCAGAGAAACUUGGCUAUCGGACACAAAAUCCCUACGCAUCACACUCGGCCCCUCACAAACGAGGAAUUAUCAGAGUCGAGAAAUUGGACUACCAGUUCAGAUACCAGAAAUCGGACUAACAUACCCAUGGUUCCUACAUUACACACCCAACGUAUCGUACCUAGAGAUUCAUCACUGCCACAGCCUCAACAUCUGACCGGAACGGCGUCUCCGUAUACACUGAUCCAAGUAGGUCAUAGAAAUGAAUCACGGGCUCAAUUUGCUCUGUAUACAAACACGUACGAUGCUGACCCUAGGCCUAAUUCGAAUAGAAGGCGUGCGUCGACGAUCGUCACCCAACGCACGGCCGACUUGGCUGAGUUGAGUGAAGAGAAUGAGACAUUGCGUGAGUGGAAGAGGUGGAUGGCGAGUAACAAGGACCCCGCUAAAGAAGCUAUCGAUGACUGGCGUACGACGGAACUUCGCCUCAUAAGUAGUUGUUCCGAUCUCCGGGCUCGUUUCAAACUUGAUGGGGAACUCGCUGUGAACAAAGCUAGGGAUAGAACAUGCGAGCCCUUUUCCCACAAUUUCGGCCACGGCUUUGAUCGUGAUGGCUUUUACGGCCGGAUUAAUAACUUACCAAGACUAAGAACCAUGACGGUCAUGAAUUCAAAAACGGGCGAGGAGAAGGUAGUGCGUUUGGAUCAUCACAUGCGUCCUGUUCUUCGUACUGAGGAGGAGGAGAGUUCUGAGACUGAUAGUGACGAUCUUUGGUCGCAAAUUGCUCGCGACCGGAAUUAG